AUUUAUCGAUCAUCGUACCUACAUGUCCAUAAAAUGAGCAAAUAUUCAUUUACAAAAAAUGUCGAUUAAAUGGAUUAAUUCAUGAACUUUUGCGAUCGUAGCUUCCAUUUUACCCUCAGUUUUUUUUCUACUUACCAGUAUACCUACGAAACAUAUGAAUAAAAAUUUACAAAUUUUAUUUAAUAGAAAACGAAAUACUGUCUACGUGAUAAAACUAUUUCAUGUCCAUGCGUCGAUCCCAUUUUCAUUCGAUAUAUUAAUAUUGAUCAUGCACACGCAUUUACGAUACAAUUACGAAGUAGUGAAAAAAUUAUAAUUAUGAAAUUAAUAAACAUUUAAGUUUGCGUGCUGUAGUUGUGUGUUAUAAUAUUUUGUUGAAAAUGCAAUUUAUAUUUAGAUGAUAUAUUUAUAUGUGUAUAUAUACAUACAUGUAUAUUAUAUUAUAUAUUAUAUCAUUAACUAAAGAUUAUAUAUUGUUACUGUGAUUGAUUGAUAUAUUGAUACUGAACGUUGACUUUGAUUUUUCUAUAUUUUAUUGUAUAUUUUAAUGUAUUAACAGAAUUAAUUUUUUUAUUCAGCAGUGAUUAUUAAAUUUAAAUUACAUCUAGAAAUAAAUUUUUAACUGUUAUGAGAUAAAAAUCUAGUAUGUAAUGAUAAUUCAUAUUUUCAACGGAAGUGAUAUGAAUGAUUUAAUCUUGUAGCCGGAAUUAUUAAUUUAUUCGGCUUAAAUGUGUACACGUGAGAAGUGAAAAAUGUCUUUAGACCAAACAGUAUGUGAGGUACUACUUGGUUUCAUUUCUGUGUGUACUGCUGUGGGUGCAUGGCAUUGGUUAACAGAUCCAAAUACAUCAGCUGUAUCAUUUACACAAAGUUUAUACAAUCAUCCAUUCUUUGCAAUUGCUAUUAUACUGUUCAUAAUGGGAGUUCAUAGACGUGUAAUAGCACCAAGUAUUAUAACUCAAAGAGCUAGAAGUGUUCUCAGUAAUUUUAAUAUGAGUUGUGAUGAUACUGGAAAGCUCAUCCUUAAGCCAACAAGAUCAAGAUCAUGAAAAUUAAAAAGAAAAAGACAUAGGUUUUGUGUUAAUUUUUAAAGUGUUCAUAAGUAUUUGAAUUCCAAGAACAUACAUAAUGUAAAACACAUUUUUUACAUUAAUGUAAGAUUAUUUUUAUCUUCUAAAAUUGUAAUCACAUUGAAGAUAAUACAUGUAUGUACAAAAAAUUUUGCGUUUUAUAAAUUUAUUCUGAAAAUAAUAAAAAAUGUUUAAAUUAUAUAUAUUUUUUACGCAUUUAUUUUGGAAACUCUAGAAUGUAU